AUACUAACCGCCUUGGAGGGGCCUCGUAGCCUAGUGGUUAGUGUACUAGCUCGCUAAGCGUGAGGUCGUGGGUUCGAGCCCCACUCGUGUCAUGUGCAUGGCCCUGAAAGCUUUUCGGCGCUCGCGCAUAUGAUGUGGCAGCCCCACUUCUGAGAUAGGUUGCACUCGGCUAAUUACCGGAUCGACUGAACAAUAACGAUUACAGAAACAAACACAAGAUCAGAAAACACUCACACCCCCAACCCGAUGACGACCCUCCGCUUUUCGCAACGGACACGAAUUGGACAAUGGAAUGUGAGGACCCUAAUGGAGCCUUCCAGGCUUGCGCAGUUUGAAAAGGAGAUGGAAAAAAUGCAGAUCGCAAUUACCGGCAUAAGCGAGAUGAGGUGGAGAGGCAGUGGGACGACAACAACAACACACGGCAAUCUAGUAAUGCACAGUGGGAGCAGUGAUGGGGGCAGGAAUGGAGUAGGAAUAUACGUGUCAAAGCAAUACAAACAGACACUUAUCACCUGGAAUCCGGUAUCCGAAAGAAUCAUCACUGCAAGAUUCCGAUGCAACGCUAGGCACAUUACCAUCAUGCAAUGCUACGCCCCGACAGAAGACGCCAGCGAUGACAUCAAAGACGACUUCUACAAUGCCCUCACAUCUUCACUCACCAAGAGCAAACGAGGUGAUAUUAAAAUUCUCAUGGGAGAUUUCAACGCGAAAUUAGGCCCCAACAACAACGGAUUGGAAGCAAUCAUGGGCCGACACGGUGUGGGAACACGUAGCAACAACGGCGACAGGCUGGCCGACCUAUGCCAGACAUUCCAACUGGUCAUUGGUGGCACUGUAUUCCCCCACAAGGAAGUGCACAAGUACACGUGGACAUCACCGAGUGGGCAUACACGCAACCAAAUUGACCAUCUGUGCAUAAGUAGGAAAUGGAGACACUCCCUUAGCGAUGUACGGAACAGGAGAAGUGCGUCAAUUGACAGUGACCAUGAACUACUAGUCGGAGAGCUUUUAAUCAAGCUCAGACGAAGUCACACGGCCACCAGAAGAAGCACAAGAAGACCACCCCCCUGA